GGAAAUCCAUCUUGUAUCGAGUAGCAAAGGCACUGAACCAGACUUGAAAAAGAGAGUCAACUGGUUUUCAAGUCUCUCCGAUAAAUAUAAAUAAAGUUAUUAGAGAAAAAUUGCACCAAAAAGAAGCACAAUUGGAUAAGUAAUGCCCAUUACCAGAUUACGAUUGAAGGUAUGCCUCUGUUUGUAUACUUUAGAUGGAGCCCUGUUUAAUAAAAACAAGAGAUUCCUUGAUAAGAAAAUGAAAUAAAGAAUUUACGAAAACUUGUGACCCAAGCCCUCAUCGAUCUACACUGGAAAUCACUCCAACAACAGGCUUAGAGCAUCCUUCACCUUCGAAUGAAGGAUAUGUGAACUUCAUGGGAAGAGUCCAAGGAGGCAAGAUCAGAUCACAGAGUGCAGCGGAUUAUCAUAAAAAUAAGAUUAGGAAUAGUGGAAAGAAUCAUAAAUAAACUUAACACAAUUAAAAUUCCAACAGUCAAUCCAUUUAUGAAAAAUGCUACCCCUAACUCGUUGAAUAAUGGAGUAAAGAAGCUUGAAAAUCAUGUUUUACGAUGUAAAACUCCUUCACAGAGCUAUACAAUAAAAUAUGUUGGACUUACAUUCGGCCAAAUUGGUGUUUUAAGUCAGAAAGUCCCACUUGAGCCUGUCCAGAAAGAGGUUAAAACAAAAUAUGAAGCUCCUAAGCCUCUUUGAAAAUAAGACUGCUGAAGAUCAAAAUUGACAUUUACAAUUAAAUGAUCCAAAGUCUGUAAAGAGAAAUAAAAUAGUUGCCAAAUUAAAUACAUGCCAAAUAAAACAAGAGAAAACUCCAAAUAAAAGCGAGACUUUGAGUGAAAAUUCCCUUAAAACACCACCUAGAGAUUUAGAAAUUAUAGAAACCGCCAACACCCAGCUCCAAAGAAAAGCUACAUCCCCACAAGAAGAUGACAUUGGCAGUCCUAAGAUGAUUAACUUUGAUUUCGAUACUCUCCAUCAGAACGAUAAUUUCAGCUCAAAGAAGAACUCAGGGUGAAGCCCACCCACUAAUCUGACCCCUAAACUAUCAAAACCAUCCCAAUUUCACAACAUUCCAUACAUCCUCACCCAAAAAUAAGCCGUAUAAGAAGCCCUUUACCUCAAAAAGUCAAAAAUUAUCAAAAAGUACCAAAAAGUACCCAAAUCCUAACCCCCAUAAGCCAAUUCUUCCCCAAAAAUUCCUUGUACAGCCCAACAACACCCAAAUGAAACCUAAGAAAACUCUAAAACAGGCAUGCACAAAUCUGUCAACUAAAAGUAUAAAAACACAGAAGAAGAAUGUUGGCAAUAAGACAAGUUAUCUUCUUAAGAGGCAGAAUAAAAGUGGUUCGGGGAGUUAUGUCAAGAGUGCUGAGAGAAGUGGGGUAGCUGGGGAAGAAGGUAAGGAAAUAAAGAAGGUGAAAAUUACCAAACAUGAGUUCUUGAGCCAGUCUAGGAGCUCCUCUGGGGCUCUUUUGAGAGGAGAUAAGAGUUUGAGUUGUUUUAAGAAGAAGAAAGAGGAAUAUUUGGUGAAUAAUUAUGCACUCCCGAGAGGUCUGAGUUCUUGCCAGAGAGUUCCGGUUCUUUCUGAGAGUGAGAAGUUCUUUGAUAAUAAGUACUCCAAGCAAGCCAUUGGAGAACUUAAGAUUAAGAACUGUUUUACUAUUUUAGAAAGGAUCGGUGAUAAUGUUGGGUUUAGAGGCUGAGACCCAUACUUAACUUCUCAAGGGAGAAGGAGAAAUCCUAUAUUGCAAGUGAAAAAUUUCACACAGAUAGAGAGCUCAGGCCAAAAACAAUGCAGAUUAUAAGAAAUACAAACGAUCUUAAUAUUAAAACUGCCACUGAGGAAUUUGAUAAGAAUGGGAGGGUACUGAAUCCAAAUUUCAGCGUUACUCCUUCAAAAAGCUUAGCCAGCAUGGCUAACUUAGGAGUGAGCUCAAUAAUUACAUCUCCAAUUUGUUACACUGACAGCGAGAACAAGGAUAUCCAAAAGGUAAAGAACUUGGUGAAUAAAUACAAAUCAAAUCAACUAGCUACACAUAAAUAUGUGGAAGACACUGAACUUCAUGAAAAUCUCAUCUCUGGCGGCAGCUCCCCAACCAAGAUGAUGAAAGAUGAAUCGAUAGAUAUUCAAUGCCAGAUUGUAAAGAAGAAUUCUGAUUUAGAAAUUCCUAAACAAGAAAAUUUAUUUAAGAACGAAGAUAUUCAUAAAAGCAUCAAUAACAGCUCUAAAAAGCAAGAAGGUAAAUGUAUGGGAUUAAUGUGAUACAGGGAGCAUAUUUGAAGUGCCAUUUCUACAAACCAGAAAGGAUCAGAGCCCGUUAGUAAGUAUUCCCUCCCCCUACCCUUCAUUCUUGCCACCUCAUGGUCUACCCUACAACCUCUCUAACCUGUACCUUAGCCAGAGCCAAGCUCAAAUGAAGAACUGUUCCUACAAUUUAUAAAGUUCAAGUCUAAAAAUAAGU